GAGCCGGGAACCGAUUUAUUAUAGACACGUAAAAAACACCCCACCAUGUCGGUUGCCUUUGCUUCUGCUCGCCCGAGAGGCAAAGGGGAGGUCACCCAGCAAACUAUCCAGAAGAUGCUAGAUGAAAAUCACCACCUAAUACAAUGUAUUAUGGAUUACCAGAGCAAGGGGAAAACUGCAGAAUGUACUCAAUACCAACAAAUCUUGCACAGAAACCUGGUUUACUUGGCAACAAUAGCAGAUUCUAACCAGAAUAUGCAGUCCUUGCUUCCUGCUCCACCAACGCAAAACAUGAACUUGGGCCCGGGAGGAAUGACUCAGAGUGCAUCCAGCCAAUCUCUCCACUCCCAGAGCAAUCUCAGCGAUGCCAUUGGGACAGGCCUCCCUCCUUCCUCCCUCAUGCAGAGCCAGAUUAGCAAUGGUCCCAAUCAUGUGUCUAUGCAGCAGUCAGGCCAGAAUACGAUGCCCACGACCUCUCUGAGUAUGACUGUCAGCAGUCAUGGAACUGGGCCUGGUUACAGCCAUACAGUGCCUGCAUCCCAGAAUGUGCCAAUGCAAGGCCAGGGGUCAAUAGGCAAUUAUGUCUCUCGAACAAACAUCAACAUGCAGUCUAAUCCAGUCUCCAUGAUGCACCAGCAAGCGGCAACGUCGCAUUACAACUCGGCACAGGGCGGGAGCCAGCACUACCAGGGGCAGUCCUCCAUUGCCAUGAUGAGUCAGAGCAACCAAGGCAACAGCAUGAUGGGGCAGCGACCCAUGGGCCCUUACAGAGCUUCCCAGCAAGGUUCCUCGCAGCAGUACAUGGGUCAGGAGGAGUAUUACAGUGAACAGUACAGCCAUGGACAGGGCUCAUCAGAACCCAUGAAUCAGCAGUACUACCCAGAUGGACAUGGUGAUUAUGCCUAUCAGCAGUCAUCCUAUACUGAGCAGAGCUAUGACAGGUCCUUUGAUGACUCUACACAACACUAUUAUGAAGGAGGAAAUUCUCAGUACAGCCAGCAGCAAGCAGGAUACCAACAGGGAGCUGCUCAACAGCAAACGUAUUCCCAGCAGCAAUACCCAAACCAACAAAGCUACCCAGGACAACAGCAAGGAUACGGUCCUGCACAAGCCUCUUCACAGUAUUCCAGCUACCAACAGGGGCAGGGGCAGCAAUAUGGAAGUUACAGAGCUUCUCAGACAGGCCCAUCUGCUCAGCAACAGAGGCCUUACGGCUACGAGCAGGGACAAUAUGGAAAUUACCAGCAAUAA